GGGAGGGGCAGCAGUCGGCAUCCCACUUGUCAGAGCGAAGGAGGACUUCUUGGCCAGCUCCGCCAUGGCACCCAAAAAAGCCAAGAAGCGGGCAGAGGGAGCCAACUCCAAUGUCUUCUCCAUGUUCGAGCAAACCCAGAUCCAGGAAUUCAAGGAGGCAUUUACCAUCAUGGACCAGAACCGGGAUGGAUUCAUUGACAAAGCAGAUCUAAGGGAUACGUUUGCUGCCCUUGGUCGUGUGAAUGUGAAAAAUGAAGAAAUCGAUGAAAUGAUAAAGGAGGCUCCAGGACCAAUCAAUUUCACCGUCUUCUUGACCAUGUUUGGGGAAAAGCUCAAAGGUGCUGACCCAGAAGAAACUAUUCUUAAUGCAUUCAAAGUGUUUGAUCCAGAAGGCAAAGGGGUGCUAAAGUCUGACUACAUCCAGGAAAUGCUCACCACCCAAGCAGAGAGGUUUUCUAAAGAGGAGAUUGACCAGAUGUUUGCAGCCUUUCCUCCAGAUGUGACCGGAAAUCUAGACUAUAAGAAUCUCGUGCAUAUCAUCACUCACGGGGAAGAAAAAGAUUAAGGGUGGGAGGGGGGGUUCUCCUGUUCCUUCAUGCCUUCCAUGGUUAGCAAGUGCCCCAUCCACCCACUUGCUCUGGUCCACCCUGCAUCCCUAAUCUUACUCCCAUUUAUUAACUGUGCUCACACCUUCUCCCAUCAGUUAGUUCUAUGGCACCCCAACCCCAUGUGCUCUGUCCCGCCCCCUCCUGGAUCCUGACUCUAGCUUUCCUUUUACAAAAUGAGAUUCAAACUUGUCUCAAUAAAGUGAAAUUAUCA